AUGGGUCUCACCAUUGUCAAGUUCAAUGAUGAGGCUACUAGAGAUUUUGUUUUGCAGAAUGGUAUUGUGCAGUUUGAUCGGAAACCAGUCAUAGUGAGACCAUGGACUCAAGAUCUAGACACUAUCAGGUAUGCAAGAGUUCUUGUUGAAAUGGAGAUUACUGAUGAUCCUCCUUUUAUCAUUCAUUUUUUCAAUGAGCUGGGUCAAAUUCAAGAACAAUUUGUGGAAUAUGAAUGGCUCCCUAUAAAAUGCCAGAAUUGUAAGGGAUUUGGGCAUAAUUCAGCUGAGUGUAAGAAAUCUGAUACUAAGGUUUGGGUUGCCAAAGAUAAGAUAGAUAAGGCAAUUUCCAAGUCUGCUCCUGGUGUUGCUGAAGCCGAGAUUAAUACAGAAGAAAAAUCUGGUGUUAAUGAGGCUCCUAAGGUUGAGAUAGCUCAUCAGAUUGUAGCUGGCUUACAGCUGGACAUAGUCAUCACUUUUGUUUAUGGAUUUAACACUAUGAUUGAGAGGUUGGAAAUGUGGAGGGGUUUAUCUUCAAUUCAGGUUUUGAAUAAGCCUUGGCUGGUGAUGGGAGACUUUAAUGCAGUGUUUAACUUUGAUGACAGAUCAGGAGGUAAGGUGGAGGGAGGUGAUAGAGUGUAUUCAAAAAUUGAUCAUGUGUUUAUCAAUGAAGAGUGGAUUGACUCUAUUCCGAAUUCUAUUGCAGAGAUUCAGUGGGAUAUUGCUCACAGCAGGUUUAAAGAAACUGUUCUAGAAAGUUGGCUCAAGCCUAUGACAGCUAAGGGCUUAUUGGGAGUGACUAAGAAAUUACUAAGGCUGAAACAUGUAUUGAAAGUGUUUAAUAGGCAGGAAAUAGGGGAUAUUGAGCAGAGCUAUCAUCAUGCUAAGGGAGUCUAUCAGUUGGCUCUAACUAAAGCUCAAGAAGAUCCUUCAGAUGCUUCUGCUCAGGAGGCUGAAAGGAAUGUUGCAGUUUACUAUAAUGAGCAUUAUACUCGUUACAGGAGUUACUUGAUUCAGCGCAGCAAGGUUACUUGGAUUCAGAAGGGUGAUGAAAAUAACUCCUAUUUUCAUGCGUGUAUCAAAAAGAGAAGGGAGGAGAAUCGAAUAGUGUCUUUUUUGAAUGACCAAGGGGAUGUUAUUACUGAUUAUAAUGCAGUGGUGAGUCACUUUCUAGAUCAUUUCAGAAGUUAUAUAGGAAGUUAUAGUUCAGGCUUAGAUGGUUAUAAUUCAGAAUUUUACAAAACUAUAUGGAAACAUAUUGGUGAUGACAUUUCAAUGGCUGUCUUGGAUUUUUUCGCUUCUGGGAGGAUCCCGACUGAGCUUAACAAAACAGUUUUUGCUUUAGUUCCAAAAAUUGAUUCCCCUAGCAGGGCUAUAGAUUAUAGACCUAUAGCGUGCUGCAAUACUCUGUAUAAGUGCAUUUCUAAAAUGCUUUGCAGUAAGCUUUCGGAGGUUUUACCCUCUAUUAUUAGUCCCAAUCAAGGAGCUUUUAUUAGAGGGAGAUCUCUUGCUCAUAAUAUCCUUAUUUUUCAGGAUUUGAUUAAGAAUUACAAUAGAGGGAAUGCUUCCCCGAGAUGUGCUUUGAAGAUAGAUCUUAGUAAGGCCUAUGAUACUGUUGACUAG